AUGAAGAAUGCUCAAAUGCUGCAAGAGCCCCUGGACAUAGCUCGUCUGUCUGUGGAGGAAAAAGUGUUUGUGAAAUGCAGAGGCGAGCGGCAACUCAAGGGCACUCUCCACUCAUAUGAUGUCCACCUAAAUCUGGUCCUCGCAGACGCAGAAGAAACCCUCACUGUCGUUGACGACGCCACCAACAAGCUCUCCAAAACAGUGCGUAAAUUGCCUCUCAUAUUUGUGAGGGGAGACGCAGUAGUUCUUCUUUCCCCCCUCAGCACUUGA